CCUCGCGCGUGCUUUUAUUGGAUCUGCUGCUGUCAAGCAGCGCUGAAGGACUGGAAAAGACGCGGAGCAGAAAAACACCUUUAUUCCGCUUGUGUUCCGCUGUUUGGGCUCCGAUCCGCUCCGCACACGCGGGGCUGCGACCCGCACACAUUCUGACAGCCUCAAGCCUUCAUCUCUUUUCCUUCUUGUGCCUGGUGUAAAACAGCAGAAUUCGGAGGCCGUGCGUUUCUCCGUUCGGCGCUUUUUUUUUUCUCUGUCUUUCUGUAAAAAACACGGAUUUUUCCUCCCCAUCUCGGAUGCGAGCGCACGCGCACAGCGCCCUCGGAAACUGCGCUGUUUUUGGGUGUAAAAUGUGAUAAAGGAUCGAAUCCGCAGUGUAAUGUAAUGCUGAAUGUCUGCUGGUGAAGCGCACAGGAUCUCCGGCACCAACACCGCGCUUCUCUAUUUCAGGGUGGAGUAAAAAAAAAAAAAAAAAAAAAAUAAGCAUAAAAAAUCAAACAAGGCCAAAACAUGGAGCAAACUCCGGCCUGGGACUGAGGUCAGGACCACAGCUCUGUCCUCUACUGGGGUACUGUACAGACAGGAUGACGGACUGAUGAUGAGGAUGGUCAUAAUGAUGAUGAUGAUGGUGAUGAUGAUGAAGAUGAUGAUGUGGAAUGAAGGGGGUUUGUUCUAAAAUGGAGCUCCAUGGAGUUUGAGCGCGAAAGGAAAUCUGUUUCCUGGUCAGGGGGGAGGGGGGGGAAAGGAAGAUAAGCAAUUAUCUUAUUAUUAUUAUUAUUAGUGUCAUCAAUUAUUAUAAUAAUAAUAAUUAUUAUUAUUAUUAAUGCAUACAAAUAGGGAAAAUAAAGGACAACACGAGAAGGACAAGAAGAAGAUAACGGAAUGUUCUUGACCUGGUUUGGAGAAACUUGUGUGGAAUAUCUAAAUGGCCUUCUAGGUGGACUUUAAGAUAAAGGAACGAGCGGAGAACGAGAGCAGGCCUCGGUCGGAGGAGAAGAACUCAACGUGAAGAUCUAGAGAACAUAACGUGCCUGACCUGAUUUGUAGAACUUUGUAGAAGUACAGAAUUUGAAAAGUCUACAAGAAGUGGAACAUAACAUAACAGGCCUGAUCAGAAGGACUCGAGUCAAAGGGAAGAAGAAGAAGAAGAUAACCCAAAGGAGCUCAUCUCUCAGCUUGGUUCGGGGGGAUUUAGAUGAUCAACAAGUCAUGUGGGGAAUCUGAGGACUUGUGUGGAGGAGUUGAGUUAAAGAGAUAAACUACAGAACUUAAUCUGCCUGGUCUGGAGAUCUAAAAGGCUUUCUAUGAGGACCUAAGGAAAGGACAUAACAGGUCUGGACAAAGAAAGCAGGAGUGGAGAAGCUGAGUGAGAAAGACCUACUGUAGCUAGGCGUCCUGGCUUGAGGGACACCCCGAGACGAGAAGAAGAGAAAACGGGGAAGAAGCGGGAGUGAAGCAUGGGCUGUGCUUCCAGCAUCCAUAUCUCGGAUCGGGUGGUGUAUCACAGUGGAAAAGAGUCCGAGGACUGCCCCCCACACUCCCCCCCGCAGGGUAACAACACUCAGAACUGCCCCAUCAAGGCCUCUGAGCACAAGAGUUCACUGACCGAGGUACAGUUUGGACCAAUGAAGUUAUAUGAAGAUCAGAUUCAGGUACUGUUGGUGUUCAGUAGAGAGGACAGUCAGAGCGGGGGUUUCAGCAGUGCGUGUGAGAAGGCGGGGUUUAAGUUCAGCGUUGCUCGAUCUCCUGACGCUGCCCUGCACUGCUUCCUGGAGAAACACCAUGACAUCAUCAUCAUCGACCACCGACAUUCCAGAAACUUCAGCGGAGAGCAGCUCUGCCGCUCCAUCCGUGCUGUCAGUUACUCCCAGAACACUGUUAUUGUUGCUGUUGUGAAAAGGCCGGAUCGUGAAGAAGCCACUGUGAUGCCUCUGUUAUCUGCUGGAUUUAACAGGCGCUAUAUUGAGAACUCAAAUGUGAUGGCCUGCUAUAAUGAACUCCUCCAACUCCACCAUGGAGAGGUCCGCGCUCAGAUUAAACUCAGAGCCUGUAACGCCAUUUUUACAGCGCUGGAACAGAGUCAGGAUGCUAUUGAGAUCAGCAAUGAAGACCAGCUUAUACAAUAUGUAAACCCAGCAUAUGAGAGUGUGAUGGGGUACCAGCAUGGAGAGUUAAUGGCAAAGGAGAACAUUGAAGUGCCUAAAAGUGAGAAGAACAAACCAGACCUGCUUGAGAGCAUCAACUCCUGCAUUCGCAAGGGCAAGGAAUGGCAGGGUCUUUAUUAUGCCAAAAAGAAGAAUGGCGACAGCGUACAACAGAAUGUAAAGAUCACACCUGUCAUUGGACAGGGAGGUAAAGUCAGACACUAUGUGUCCAUAAACAGGCCUUUAAAUGACAAUAACAAGUCUGAACGGUCAAGUGAGCGAGUCCAGGCUGAAUCACAGACAGACAUUCAGUCCAGUAAACAUAAAGACCGGAGGAAAGGAUCGCUGGAUGUACGAUCAACUACAUCACGAGGGAGUGACGGAAGUUCUCAAAGGAGACAUUCCUCUAUGGCCAGAAUUCACUCCAUGACCAUAGAAGCUCCCAUCACUAAGGUGAUAAACAUCAUUAAUGCGGCUCAGGAGAGCAGUCCCAUGCCUGUGGCCGAGGCUCUGGACCGAGUGCUGGAGAUUCUCAGAACAACAGAACUUUACUCACCUCAACUCGGUACCAAGGACGAGGACCCACACACUAAUGACCUUGUUGGAGGACUAAUGACGGAUGGGCUGCGUAGGUUAUCAGGGAAUGAGUACAUCUUCUCAGCAAAACAGUCACAUCACAUCCCGAGUCACCUGACCACACCCCUGUCUCUGAAUGACAUCCCGCCACGAGUCGCACAAACGAUGGAGAACGAAGAAUCCUGGGACUUUGACAUUUUCAGUCUGGAAGCAGCAACCAUGAAAAGGCCGCUGACGUAUUUGGGGCUAAAGAUCUUCUCGAGGUUUGGAGUGUGUGAGUUCCUGAACUGUUCCGAGGCAACGCUGCGCUCAUGGCUGCAGGUCAUUGAAGCUAAUUAUCACGCCAGUAACUCGUACCAUAACUCCACCCACGCUUCUGAUGUGCUACACGCCACCGCCUACUUCCUGUGCAAGGAACGUGUAAAGCAAAGUCUGGAUCCCAUCGAUGAGGUUGCAGCUCUGAUCGCGGCAACAGUGCACGAUGUCGAUCACCCGGGACGAACAAACUCCUUCCUGUGUAACGCAGGAAGUGACCUCGCUAUUCUAUACAACGACACAGCCGUGUUGGAGAGUCACCACGCCGCACUCGCCUUCCAGCUCAGCACACGUGACGACAAGAGCAACAUCUUUAAGAAUAUGGAGAGGAACGAGUACCGGACGUUGAGGCAGGCCAUAAUCGACAUGGUUCUCGCCACUGAAAUGACGAAACACUUUGAACACGUCAACAAAUUCGUCAACAGCAUUAAUAAGCCGCUUGCUGCCUUGGAGGAAAACGGGAGUAACGGUGAUGAUGACGUGAAGGGGAUCCUCAGUGUGGCAGAGAACCGGAUGCUGAUCAAGCGGAUGCUGAUAAAGUGUGCUGACAUCUCGAACCCCUGCAGGCCGCUGCAGCUCUGUAUCGAGUGGGCGGGGCGCAUCUCUGAGGAGUACUUCGCUCAGACAGAUGAAGAGAAAAGACAGGGUCUGCCUGUGGUGAUGCCUGUGUUUGACCGGAACACCUGCAGCAUUCCCAAAUCCCAGAUUUCCUUUAUUGACUACUUCAUCACAGACAUGUUUGACGCCUGGGAUGCUUUUGCUGAUUUGCCAAAUCUCAUGCAGCAUUUAGACAACAACUUUAAAUAUUGGAAAGGUUUGGACGAUCGCAAACUACACAGCCUAAGACCGCCACCUGAGUAGUUCAUCUCACACACACACACACACACACACACACACACACACACACACACACACACAGAAUAGUAUGGCUUUGUCUUCGAUUUCUCUCAUGGACUAAAUAAAAGCGACUCUCUAAACCUGGACUUUAUGAUGGUGUGAGACUUGACGCCCCCUGCUGGUUUAAAUGAACACACACACUCGGACUACACGUGUGGCCUUCCAGCGCACGGCUUUACAGGGUGUGUGUGUGUGUGUGUGUGUGUGUGUGUGUGUGUGUGUGUGUGUGUGUGUGUGUGUGUGUGU